GGUAGAAUCCGAAUCCAAUAUGGCGGCCGCGUGUUUGAAAAUCUGAACGCAUAUCCGUGAUUUGAUUCCAUUGGAUUGGCGACGUUGUGCUCAUUUUCUCCGAUUGACUGCAGGGCAUGGUGCGAGCGGGCGACGUGUCCACGGCGGCGGACGGCUGGAGGGAGGCGUUCGACGGGAGCCGGCUGGUUCCCGCCCCGAGCCCCGCCGUCCGCCGGGCGGCGGAGAGCCACCUCGCGGGCUCCCAGGGCUUCCAGCUGCGCCUCGGCCGGCUCGCCGCGGCUCCCCUCCCGCAGUCGCCAGAGAUGCCAGAGGUGGAACGGGACUUGACCCACCAGCUGCGAGUGACCCUGUUUGAUCAAAAUCACCGGCACUUCUUCGGGAAGACGUGGAAGAGCCCAGCGCACAGGAUGACCAACAACAAGAUAUGCUUCAAUGAGGUCCUAUACUUCCAUACGUCUGUGCGGUUGCCCAGCACGGUGGUGGUCCUGGAGCUGGUGUUGUUGUCGCCCAGACCAGACGGUUCCCAGCAGGCCCUGGGCAGAGGCUUCACUGUCCUGGAGCUUUUUACCAGCCGGCCAGAGGCUCAGGCUGCUGAUGGGGACAGAAGGCUGGAUCUACACCAUGGAUCACCAAGAAGCCUCCUCCACCCACUGCUGAAGGACUCAGUUGAUUACAGCAGUCUCCUGAAGACUAUUGAUGGGGCACAUUUGGACUGUGUGGUAAAAAGUCAUCCCGCGAUGGUUCCCAUGAUGCACCUCCUUCCUGAGAACGUCCUCGUGUCCGGAGACGAGAACAUUCCUGGGCUCGCAGCGUCUCCAACAGGAGAUGCUCUGCUGCGGCCUCAGCUGCUCAAGAUGCUGCCGUUCACCCUGAACAGACUGACCAUCUCCCUCCAGCCGUCCCUGGAGACGUUCGAGAGCCAGCUGCUGCAGCUGAUCAAUGCUGACUGCCAUAACACAAAGCAGCCUGGACCGGAGGGGGCACUGAGCACAGUUGCCAUCCAGGAAAGGAGGCUCCACGUCGGGGUCCACAAUGGCUGGUGUUUCCUCGACAAGCCCCAGGUGGUGGUGCUGGAGCUCCUAGCGUCGGGGGCCAGAGGGCGAGCAGACAGCACCUCCAAACGGAGCACCUCGGACAGCUCUGCGCCAUCAUCCCUCCCGCAGGUCCUGGGCCUUCGCAGCAGCCUGGAGCUCAAGGUGACCAAUCAUCAGGCUUUGGCCAUUGUCUUCCAGCUGGAGUACGUCUUCUCUGCUCCGAUUGGGCGGGAGACUAUGCUGUCUGCCACCUCCUCCUCCCGAGCGGCCUUCUUGCAGUGCCUGCGUUGGGGGAUUUUCUGCCCCUUCCAGCAGCCGGCUGACUGGAAGGGGGAAGAGAUACAGCUUGUUCUGCGAGGAGGUGCAAAGCCAAACCCUUACGGAGUCAUGGUCUACGGCACAGAGAUGCCUGCCAAGGCUCAGAGCUCCGUGCCACUCUCCGCUCCAGGCACAACUCAGGUGAACGACGUGAUAACCUUCCGGCUGUCGUCCGGUCUGGAGAGGAAGGCGUCCAGCCCAAAGGCAUCCCUGAGGACGAGGCAGGAAGAUGUGCAACAUGAGAGGAGAUUACCGUCAUCGCCCCUACGAGUUCAAAAACGUCUUCCAGCAGCCUCUCCUCCAGAAUCUCCACAAGGCCCCGGGCUCUCGCUGUCUCAGCUGGCAGCGCCAUGCCGCUACCCGACCAUCAGCCACUCCAGCUCGGCGUUGCCGUGGCAACAGUCGUUUCCCUCUCCGCUCCAUCCUUCCCUGUUGGCAUCAGCCCACCAGCUGUCACAUGUUGCCUUCUCAGCAGUCAGCAACAUUGCCCACCUGGAAAUGGACCUCCAGCGGGACGGAGAUGUGUCACCCUCAGCUCAGAAUGAAGGAGCCCAACUUGAGGAGCUGCCCUUCACCCCUGUCCACGCCCCUGUCAUCACUCUGGGGAUGAAUGUGCCCAGUUCCUCCUCAGUCAGCUCCCGGAGCUCGCUCGCCCACCUCUACUCGGCCGGCUUCCCCCAGAUCGUCGACUGUGGCGGGCAGGUGGCGGACGUGCUGGACCCCACAGAGCCCGUGCACUUUGACCCCCAGCGCGAGGAGACGGACCUUCUACAGGGCAACCUGCCGGUGUUCCAGUUCCUGGCGUUCACCAGAAUACCUAUAGCGGGUGCCGGGCCCGAUUGGCCCCGCGACGUCUACUUCACCUUCCAGUUCUAUCGCUUCCCGCCAGUCACAUCGCAGCAGCUCAAACUGCUGACCAGUAACAGGGUUCAACACAAGACCAGCGAUCCGCUUCCCUGUGUCCUCGCCCCCGCCGGCAAAGAUGGCACCGUCAACCCAGGCUCUCCGGGUCUGCAGGUGCAGUUCAGAGUAGAUGAUGCUUUCCUGAGGCCGGGAGAGAAGCGCUGGUUCCUUCGCUACCUGGCGCUUCACACCAUGCACAUCGACAUCUGGGACAGCGAAUCGCUGCUCCUCAUAGGAUCGACUGCCAUCGAGCUCAAGUAUAUGUUGCGCCAGGGUAAAACAGCAGUGCAGGCUCUCCAUGAGGUGGAGGUGCUUACCACCGAUUACGUGGGAGAGGACGCCCUGCUGACGAGCGCAGGUUUGGGCCAGCGCUCGGCCUCCGGCCCCAUGACCGUCCACACCAUCGUCAGGGGCCGGCUGCACGUACGCACAGGCAACAUCGGAUGUCUAGUGGAUGCUGGCAGGAGGAGGGUAGCAGACGCAACGCCGUCUCCUUCUCACAUCAUCACGCCUCGCAAAGUAACCAGCGGCUUCAGAGGAGGGAGCCUGUCCCCCAGAAACAUACUUCAUCUCAAUGCGAGGAUCGCUGCACAGCCACACAGACCGGAGAUAGACGGGGGCCGCGUGCCGCUGCACCGACGCGGGCUCAGACCUGACGACAUCUUGCCCGGAGAGCACCACCGGCACGAGGCCGACGGCGGGCGCCGCAAGCUGGACUGCAUGGCCGCCGUGCUUCAGCGGGAGGCGAAGGAAGGUGUUAAGGCAGUUAAGGCCACGGGUCAGACCAGGGAAGCCCAGCUGGCCAGGGAACGUCUCCCGAUCGAGCCCCGCGAAGAGCGCAGCAAGGUGGAGGGCAUCGCCAACAUGCUUAGCCAGGCGAUCACCACCCAGCACCUCCUCUUCGCCAGCCUGGGCUCCGCCGAGUACAUGGAGUUUGUCCUCAAGAACCCCUUCAACGUACCUCAGACCGUCACCAUCCUCAGUGACGACCCCGAGCUCAGUGUCAUCGCCAACACCGAGGAGUGGCAAUACUUCAAAGCACUAACCCAAACUCCUACGCCGCUGGAGGAGAACAUGUUCCAGUGGGAGGAGGGCGCCCCAGGCCCGAGGGUUUACCUCCGGCCCAAGGAGAGCAUCCAUAUUCCCCUGAAGUACCAGAGCUUCCUCUGUGACCACACCAUGGCCCUUCAGGGACCGGGCUACUUACCUACAGGCAAAGGUUCUCAGAUGGCCAAGAAGAAUCUGUCCAAUAUUGUUGCUGCCAAAACUAUCAAGGUUGCCUUCAAAGCAGAAGACGGCAAGCCGAUGGCCAUCUGCCAGGUGAACGUCGAGCCGACACCCCACGUCGUCGACCAGACAUUCCGACUUUACCACCCUGAACUCUGCUUUCUCAAGAAGGCCCUCCGCCUGCCACCCUGGCACGACCCCGCAGUCGAAGCCCCAGAUGGUAGAACCCACAUUUCCGUGCGCUGCAGUGACCCCAACAUCAUCUGCCAGACGAGGAUGCUGGUGCCGGGGGAGCCUCAGGAUGUGUACUUGAAAGUGCCAGGGAGUCCCAGUCCAACCGUAAAAAAGUUCUUUGUGAUGGUUUUCACUGAUAAGUGGAUGGCAGCGCCUUCGCAGAUCUGGCAGGUUUACGUGCACUUCUUGGAGCGGGUGGAUGUCGGCUGUGUGACCGGCCAGAGGACCUGUCAAUCACUGGUGCUGAGGGGAAAGCAGACUGUUCGGAAGGUCAAAUGCUUCUCAUCACACCCCAAGGAGAUUCAGGUGGAUCCAGAGGGCGUGUUCGUUUUGCCCCCCUCCGCGGUGCAGGAGCUCCAGGUGAAGGUGCAGCCGUGGCGGGCCGGCAGCCGCUUCCUGUACGUGAACGCGGUGGACGUGGAGAACCAGCGGCUGAUCACAGCCUGGCUGCUCUGUCUCAACGUCCAUCAGCCUGUGUUGUCUAAGGCAUUUGAAGUGUCGGUCCCAGUUGGUGGUGGGCGCGGCAGUUCCCGUAAAAUCACCUACACCAACCCCUACACCAGCGGCCGCACGUUCCUGCUCCGCUCCGACCAUCCAGACCUGCUCCAGUUCAGGCAGGAUAAAUUCCAGAUCAGCGGGGGAGAGAGCUACACCAUCGGACUACGAUUUGCCCCCAGCCAGAGUCCCGGCUCGGUGGAGAUCAUGGUCUACGUGAACAACCUGGAGGAGAAGACGGAGGAGACGUUCUGUGUGAAGGUCAACUACUCGUGAGCCACUCCGCCGCGACUCGUGUUCGCCUAUAUACAGCUCCCUAGAAAUGUUGACUGCUUCGCUUUAAUACUAUACUCAGGCAAUAAGGGGGGGACCUUUCUGGUCUACGUAUCCCCACCUCAGCUGAAUUAUUUUUAUCCCAGGUGGGGACAUAAGUUCCCCCCCCUCCCCCUCAAAGUGAUCAGUGCUAUUUUACCAAUAGACCAUAAAUACCUAAAUUAAUAAAAAACUAAACAUGAACAGUCUAUAGUGAGAUAGAACGAUCAUGUCCAAAAUGGACCACCCACCCCUGGCGUUCGUGAUACAAUGGAUGACAUUGCGGCUAAUUUACCUAAUGGACCUGGUUAGAGCUGCAACAGUUAAUCGAUUAAUGGCUUAGUAAUCGAUUAGUAAAUGAAUCUGCAACUAUUUUGAUAAUGGAUAAAUCGGUUCAAGUAGUUUUUAUGAAAAAAAAAAAGAUUCUCUGAUUUC